AAGCAAUGCGUCUGGAAAGUCAUGUGCGUACAAUUGCAGCAUUGAAGCAACAAUUGCAAGAACAAGAAAAUAGAGAGCUUAUUAUAAUCAAGGAAUUUCAACAAAACAUCGAAGACCAAGAACGAAUGAUAUUGGAAUUGAGGAGGCAGUUAGAAGAGCGUGAUGAAGUUAUAGCUCAUUUAAAGAGUUUAUUUA